AUGGCAACAAGCGAAGAAACAACAACAAAUGUUUUUCCUAUGAUGCAACGAUCAAUAAAAAAGCCACCGCGUAUUUUGAAAAAAAAAAUUGCAAGAAAAAAUCUUGCUCAUACACAUUUUCGUUUUGGUGGUAAUCGAAAAGAUCCACUUAAUUUAAAUGGACUUAUUGAAAAGAAAAAACAAUUGACACAAACAACAACAUCAUCAACAACAAUUGACAAUGAUAAUAUAAACAAUGGUAAUGAUCGACCGGUUGAAAUUUUACUUCAACCUGAUAUUUUUGAUCCUCUUCGUCUUGAUACUUCUUCACGUAAUGAUGAAGAUUUAAAUAAUCUUUAUUCUAUUCCAUCAAAUAGUACUACUGAACCAUAUGCUAAUAAUCCAAGAAAAUAUCCAACACGAAAAAAAAAUUAUGGAGUAAAACGGCGAAGAAAUAUUCCACCACCACGAUAUGGAAAUUUUCAAGGUUAUUAUGGUUAUCGACAACCAAAUCAUGAUCAACGUUUUCAAUAUCUUGAACAGAAUUGGUUUCAUAAUAAACAAGUAUUAGAUGUUGGAUGCCAUACAGGUCAUGUAACAUUCUAUGUAGCUGAACAUUUUCAACCUACACAAAUUGUUGGUGUUGAUAUUGAUCAACAAUUAAUUCAACGAGCUCGACAUCAACUAUGGAAUCGAGGAAAUUUUGUGCCUGAUAAUGAUGCAGAUUUAGCUAAUAUUGUUGCAGAAUAUGAUACAAUCAUUACAUUCAGUGUUACAAAAUGGAUACAUUUAAAUUUUGGGGAUGAAGGUCUUAAACGGUUUUUCAAACGAAUCUAUCGAACAUUAUUUCCAGGUGGAAGAUUUAUACUUGAACCACAACCAUGGUCAAGUUAUCGACUUAAACGUCGUAUGACGAAAGAUCUUACGGAAGUAUAUAAUCGUAUAGAAUUUAAACCAACAGAAUUUGUAUCUUAUCUGCUUUCGGCUGAAGUCGGUUUCGAAACAUGCACUACAAUAGCAACACCAGAUAAUACUCAUAAAGGAUUUCAACGAUCGAUGUUUUUAUUUAUCAAACCGUCAAAUGUUGUUGACAAUUGA